AUGGAGAAUCAUAUGGAGGGUGUGCACUGGUGCAACAUGUGCUCUAAAAUGGUGAAUCCAAUGACUGAAGCUGAGAACAAAUGUCCAUUCUGUGAGACAGAAUUUUCUGAGGUAAUGGACAACCUAAGGGACCAGAAUGAAACUGUUGAUAUAAGAUCAGCUUGGGUGUUCUCACUUUAUGCCCCAAUCUUUCUAGGCUUGAUGGGUGCUUUUAGCCCUUCUCUUGCAAGCAUUGGUUCACAAGAAAGUAGCAGUUCAAGAGUUGAGGAAGAGGUUGAACAAGAGAGGGAAAAUGAACUUGUACUUGGGGGAAGGAGAAGAGCCUCAACAACUCCUAUGAUGCAUCUCUUUAGGGGUCUUCAUGUUAGGAUGGUGUCUGAAUCUGAGAACCAAGAAAACAAUAGGAACUUAGAUAGCAGUAUACUUGUCAUUGAUUCAUUCAAUGAAGGGGCCUUGAUUGUUAGAGGUCCUAACUUGAACCACACAAGUAGUCCGAAUGAGAACAUUGUUGGUUCCUUAAAUGACUUUCUUGUAGGAUCUAGCUUUGAUUUGUUGCUACAGCAUUUGGCACAGAAUGUCCCUAGUGGAUAUUCAAGUGUAAACCCUCCAGCACAGAAGGCAGCAAUUGAAGCAAUGCCUAGUGUGACUAGUGAGGAAAAGUUGCAGUGCACUGUAUGUUUGGAUGAUAUUGAGAUUGGGAGUGAAGCCAAGGAGAUGCCAUGUAAGCAUAAGUUUCAUGGUGAUUGCAUUGUCUCAUGGCUAAAGCUCCAUAGUUCUUGUCCAGUUUGCAGGUUUCAGAUGCCUUCUGAGGAUUCAACUGUUGAAGCCAUUUUGGGAAUUGGAAAUGGGGACACUCAGAACAGUGAGCUAGUCAGGGCUAGAGAAGAGAGAACUAGAAAUGGAAGGAGGCAUUGGUUUCCUAUGCUGCAGUCAUUUAAUAAUUUUCUUCCUUCUCCUUGA